AUGAAAGUCAUCACGUGCGAAAUAGCCUGGCACAACAAGGAGCCGGUGUAUAGUCUGGACUUCCAGCAUGGGACUGCAGGGAGGAUCCACAGACUGGCAUCUGCAGGGGUGGACACCGCCGUCAGGAUCUGGAAGGUAGAAAAAGGACCAGAUGGAAAAGCGAUUGUGGAAUUUUUGUCCAAUCUUGCUCGUCACACCAAAGCUGUCAAUGUUGUGCGUUUUUCUCCAGCUGGGGAAAUUUUAGCAUCAGGAGGAGAUGAUGCUGUCAUUUUGUUGUGGAAGGUGAAUGACAACAAGGAGCCCGAACAGAUUGCUUUUCAGGACGAGGAUGAGGCUCAGCUGAAUAAGGAGAAUUGGACUGUUGUGAAAACUCUCAGGGGCCACUUAGAAGAUGUGUAUGAUAUUUGCUGGGCAACUGAUGGGAAUUUAAUGGCUUCUGCCUCUGUGGAUAACACAGCCAUCAUAUGGGAUGUCAAUAAAGGACAAAAGAUUUCAAUUUUUAAUGAACAUAAAAGUUACGUACAAGGAGUAACCUGGGAUCCUUUGGGUCAAUACGUUGCUACUCUGAGCUGUGACAGGGUACUGCGGGUGUAUAGCACACAGAAGAAACGUGUGGCUUUUAAUGUUUCAAAGAUGCUGUCUGGAAUUGGGGCUGAAGGAGAGGCAAGAAGUUACCGCAUGUUCCAUGAUGACAGCAUGAAGUCAUUCUUUCGUAGACUCAGUUUUACUCCCGAUGGGUCUUUGCUCCUCACGCCAGCUGGAUGUGUGGAAUCUGGUGAAAACGUAAUGAAUACAACUUAUGUUUUCUCCAGGAAAAAUCUUAAAAGGCCCAUUGCUCAUCUUCCAUGUCCUGGAAAAGCGACACUUGCUGUUCGCUGCUGUCCAGUCUACUUUGAAUUGAGGCCAGUGGUGGAAACAGGCCUGGAGCUGGUGAGUCUGCCCUACCGCCUGGUGUUCGCCGUGGCUUCAGAGGACUCUGUGCUUCUAUAUGACACACAGCAGCCUUUCCCUUUUGGUUACGUGUCUAAUAUACACUACCACACCCUGAGUGAUAUUUCAUGGUCCAACGAUGGGGCCUUCCUGGCCAUUUCAUCCACAGAUGGCUAUUGUUCAUUUGUGACAUUUGAGAAAGAUGAACUUGGAAUUCCUUUGAAAGAGAAGCCGGUUUUGAGCAUGAGAACUCCUGAGACAGCAAAGAAAACCAAGAGUCAGACGCACCAAGGGUCUUCGCCAGGACCUAGACCAGUAGAGGGAACCCCCACCAGCAGAAUCCAAGACCCCAGCAGUCCCUGCACAACCCCCACUCAGGCCAGACAGUCUCCAGCCCCAGCAGCAAUCAAGGACACUCCCUCAAUCACUCCUGGUGUCAAAAACUCCUUGCCAGGGCCGACAGAGGAGAAGACCCUGCAGCCCAGUAGUCAAAACACGAAAGCCCACCCAUCCCGCAGGGUCACUCUGAACACGUUACAAGCCUGGAGCAAGAUAACGCCCCGGAGAAUAAACUUAAUACCCUUAAAGACAGAUACUCUACCAAAUUCUGUACCAUCCAGCAUAAUUCCCAACCCUUCCACAGAAGAAAUUCAGUCAGAGAUGUCUGGAGACCCCCAGGGCAGUCCUCCAGAGCUGAAACAGCCCAGACUUGGUGAAAACAAUGGAAGUGCCCAAAGUCUAGACCUUUGA